AUGACUCACGAAGGAGAGAAAAAAGGAAAUGUUUCAAUUCAUUUUCUUCCUAUUACCCAAUCAUAUACCCGAACCAGCAACAAGCCAGUUGACUCAACCGAAAACCACAUCAACCACGUCGGUAACACCCGCUCAACCCUCGAGGGUCGCCGCACGGCCAGCAAGACUAAACCGCAUCAGGUGCCCGACCUGACAAUGUCACGCAAAAACGAACAGUAA